AGGGAUGCCGCCUGGCAGAGAAGGGAGAGAGAGGGAGAGAGACAGGAUCUGAGAGGCAUGGAAGUGACAAAAGCGCUCUAACGCUUCCCAUGUGAUCGCACUCUCCUGCAGCCGGAGCAGCGAUCUGCCGCUCUGUUCCUUGCGUUCGGCUGGAGCCCCUGCUUUGGAUUGCACUGCUUCUCUGCGGAUUUACCGUCGCUAUCGCACGCAGUGGCGUGUUUGCACGAUCGAGGCGAACUGCGACCCCCGUUGGAUCCCACUGCGAAGCCCCCACUGAGGACUGGGAAAUUAUGUUUUUCUCGGCGCUGAUCCACCAUCCUGCGAGAUGAAGGAGCCGAGGAUCCGGGGGGGUCUGCCCCUGGUCUGGCUGUGGGUUCUGCUGGCUGUGGCUCCUGGGGAAUCGCUGGCUAAGGAGACUGCAUUUGUGGAGGUGGUGCUGUUCGAAUCCAGUCCCAAUGGGGAUUAUAAAACCCACACUACUGAGUUACAAGGGAGGUUCUCCAGGGCCGGGGCUACCAUCAGCGCAGAGGGGGAGAUCGUGCAGAUGCACCCACUUGGACUCUGUAAUAACAACGAUGAAGAAGAUUUGUAUGAGUAUGGAUGGGUUGGAGUAGUAAAGCUUGAACAGCCUGAGAUGGACCCAAAGCCAUGCUUGACUGUAUUAGGAAAGGCAAAAAGGGCAGUGCAGAGAGGCGCUACAGCUGUGAUAUUUGAUGUGUCUGAUAACCCUGAUGCAGUUGAACAGCUGAAUCAGGGCUUGGAAGACCCACUCAAAAGGCCUGUGGUUUAUAUGAAGGGCAUGGAUGCUAUAAAGCUAAUGAAUAUUGUUAACAAACAGAAAGGAGCCCGUGCAAGAAUCCAACAUCGCCCUCCUCGGCAACCAACAGAGUAUUUUGACAUGGGAAUCUUCCUAGCUUUUUUCGUGGUGGUGUCUCUGGUCUGUCUAAUUCUCCUUAUCAAGAUCAAAUUAAAGCAGCGACGGAGCCAGAAUUCCAUGAAUAGAAUGGCUGUUCAGGCACUGGAAAAAAUGGAGACCAGAAAGUUCAAGGCUAAGGGGAAAGUUCCUCGGGAAGGCAGUUGUGGUGGCCUAGACACCUUAAGCAGUAGCUCCACAUCUGACUGUGCCAUAUGUCUUGAAAAAUACAUUGAUGGAGAGGAGCUGAGAGUCAUUCCCUGCACACAUCGAUUCCAUAAAAGAUGUGUGGACCCCUGGCUUCUCCAGAACCACACGUGUCCGCACUGCCGGCACAAUAUUAUUGAGCAAAAGAAAGGAGGCCAUGGUCCUGUUUGUGUAGAAAACUCUUCGAAUCGUGGCCGUCAGCAGCAGCAACAGCGAGUUAUCCUUCCUGUUCAUUACCCAGGGAGAGUACAACGCACUGGUCCUAUUGCUGCAUAUCCUACCCGUACUAGCAUGGGUCCUCACGGCAACCCCAUUACAGUACUGACUGUGGAAAGGCCAUUGGAGCCAGACCUAUACCCAGCUCGUACCCCAACCUUCCUGGCAGGUUAUAGACCUGUAUCACUGGACCAUGCAUCUUCAGGACAUCAUUGUGACUUAGAGCAUCCUCCAUAUCCAGCCCCACCAGCUGGGCAUGGCUUUCGCCGUGCUAAGUACAGUGGGCGAGGAUUUAACAAUGGCACUUGUUAUUCUCAGUAUGAGACCAUGUACCAGCACUACUACUUCCAGGGCCUAAGCUACCCACACCAACAGGAGGUUGGUGGAAGUCAGGCUCCUAGGGUUGUUGAGAAUGGCCAUAACCAUUCCUUUCAUUCAGGCAAUAAUAUGCUUUACCAGCCUGCGCCUACCUUGAUGCACAUGGCACCACCUUCUUCUGUUGGAAGCUGCUACCUCCACAGCCAACAUCAGCAUCGGUCAGUAUGCAGUGGGUACCUGGCUGAUGUUCCCUGCAGUGACUCUAGCUCAAGCUCCAGUGCCAGCUCUGCACAGGGACAUGCAUCAUCGAGUGAUUCCAUGCUGGACUGCACUGAAGCCAGCAACCAGGGAGUGUAUGGCAGCUGUUCCACCUUCCGCAGUUCCCUAAGCAGUGAUUUUGAUCCCUAUGUAUACAGGAGUCGCAGCCCUGCUAGGACUGGUGGAGGGGAUGCUCCUGGAUGUGGAGGGGAGGGAGGUACAGGGAGUGGGAGAGGGAGGGUGGAAUGCAGAUCUCAUCAGACUUUCCCCAAUUCACCUUCACGGGACCGUCUUUCUAGCUGCAGCAUGGAAAUGAAUUAUAGCAGCAAUUCUUCCUUAGAGCGCCGUGGGGCAGUAAUAUCUUCUGGGACUGUUCCAGAUGCCUCAGUUUCCAUCUCUCAAGGUGGUGGAAAAGACAGGCGGGGUCCUGAAAAGGGUUGUACUUGUUGUUUUCAGAGGCAAGCUGGAGAUCCCAGCUCAGACUGUACUAACUUAUAUUUGGGUCCAGAUCCACAUCAAACAUCAGGCCCCUCCUCCAGUGGAGGCUUGUAUAGUGUUACCUCCAGCAUUUUGCAUCGGACAGACCCAGGAACUGUUCUGGGCCAUCCUUCUAGGCCCUGUUGCCUUUAUGAGGAAAACCAUGGAAGCUGCUACAAUGAGGACUAUGCGGUCAGCAUCCAAUAUGCCUUGGCAGAGGCAGCUGCAGCGGCAGCAGCUGCAGCUGUUGCUGGUUGUGAAGCUGGCCAGCCUAUCCCCAUCAUUCCUGAGGAUCCAGGGUAUGACGGGGGGCUUGAAUGUGUGGGACAUGUAUCUUGGGAAAUGGAGGGUGAGGAAGAGGAGGAGGAGGUACUGUACUGUCAAGAAGGACCCUGCUGUGCAUUAGCAGAAGAAACUCGUGCCCUAUGUCGAAGCACAGGAAAAGAGGGAGCAGGAAGUACCACAGGUCAGGACUGCCACCCAACAGACAGAGACUGAGCACUAUGGAUACUUGGACUAGCAGUCAGUUUGUGAAAAGUUUUUUUUUUUUUUUUUUUUUUUAAAUAAACUUUCUUUAAAGAAGAAAUAAAUAUCACUUUUUUAAAAUAUAUAUAUAUUUUUAAAUUGGAUACAACGCUCAACAUGAUCUGGAAUCCGUCAGCCCUUACAACCACUUUAACCUGUCUUAUUCCCUGGACUCAAGAUUUCGAGAAACUGUGCUAUUUGUUUAGGUUUUUUUAUCAUUUAUUUUAUAAAUAUAUAUAUAUAUAAAUAUAAAUAUAUAUUAUUUUUGGUUGAUGUUUUAGAACUUGUUUUCUUUCAGAGUUUGUAAUGCACAAGAACUGUCUUUUCCUGAUAAAAAAGAGAUAUAUAUUUUUUCAAUAAAAUAAAGAAGAAAAUAUUAAUAUUAUUUUUAUCUUAUGGCUGCUUGGCCAGGCAAAAA